AUGCCGCGGCCAAAACCUGGCAUCACAGCAACUCUGGAUGAUGUUGGAAUUGAGAUCGAUGCUGAAUUAGAGAGUGAUGAGGACACCAACAACAGACCAAAAAGUGCAAGAAAACCCAGACCUCCUGUUCGCAACACAAAAGCAAAACCAGCAGACAGUGAUGACGAUGACGAGGAAGAUGUUGCUCCUCGUCAAAGAAGAGGCAGAAGAAAGAAAGAUAACAAUUCUGAGGACAAUGAAAAUGAGAAACCCCGUGGUAGAAGAAGAGCAAACAACAGAAGGAAGAAAAAUGCCAGAGGUCAGGACUCUGACGUGGACAGCGAAGAGGACAAAGGGAGGAAGAAGAAAGGAAAAGGAGAGACCAAGAAGGAAAAAGAGGAAGAGAACAAUAAAGAGAAGACUGGAAAAGGAGCAAGUAAAGAUGGGAAAGAAAAGGGGGAUGACAAAAAGAAAAAAGGAGAUGGUAGCGGCUCAUCUGCAGGCGAGUCAGACGUUGAUUCUCUAUCAGAGGGUGAAAUGGCUCGGCUAAAAGAGGAGGUUGAAGAAAAGAAGAAACUUAUCGCCACACUCCGGAACAAACCGUGGCGAAUGAAAAGGAGACUCGGGAUUUUGAAAGAGGCACAAGAAUUUGUAGAGAAGUUUGAAGGUGCUUUGGGUAAAGGAAAAGGCCGGAGGCUCUACGCCUUUAAAGUCAUGAUGACCAAGAAAUUGAUCAAGUUCAAUCGUGACUUCGAUAACUUUAAGACUGCAUGCAUUCCAUGGGAAAGGAAAAUCAAAGAAGUUGAAAGUCACUUUGGGUCAUCUGUAGCCUCCUACUUCCUCUUCCUCAGGUGGAUGUAUGGCCUCAACCUUGUUCUCUUUGGCCUCAUGUUUGGGCUUGUUGUCAUUCCUGAGGUCCUGAUGGGUUUACCGUAUGGCUCCAUUGCUAGGAAAACAGUCCCUAGAGAGGAGCAGCCCACUGCUAUGGACUUCUCAGUCCUUUUUGAAUUUGGAGGUUACUGCAAGUACUCUGUCCUCUUUUAUGGCUACUAUAAUAACCUGAAUACUAUUGGAUUACUUAAGUUCCGUCUACCCUUGUCCUAUUUCCUAGUUGGAAUAGGAAUUUUUGGCUACAGUCUGAUGGUGGUAAUAAGGACGAUGGCAAGAAAUGCCAAUGAAGGAGGUGACGGGGGGGAGGAGAGUGACUUUAUCUUUUGCUGGAAGCUGUUCACUAGCUGGGAUUACCUCAUUGGAAACCCGGAGACAGCCGACAACAAGUAUGCUUCUAUCACAACUAGCUUCAAGGAAUCUAUAGUGGACGAGCAAGAGAAUUUGAAGGAUGAAAACAUUCAUUUGAGGAGAUUUCUACGUGUCCUUGCUAAUUUACUGAUACUGUGCAGCCUGGGAGGAAGCGGAUAUCUUAUCUACUUUGUGGUGAAAAGAUCUCAAGAUUUCGCUAAACUGGAUCGCAAUCAGUUAUCCUGGUACCAGAAAAAUGAGGUGGAGAUUGUAAUGUCUUUGUUGGGCUUAGUGUGUCCACCUUUGUUUGAGACCAUCGCUGAACUGGAGGAUUAUCAUCCUCGCAUCGCCCUGAAGUGGCAGCUUGGCCGUAUCUUUGCCCUCUUCCUGGGAAACCUCUACACGUUUCUCUUUGCCCUUAUUGAUGAUGUCAAUGAGAAGCUGGAGAAGGAGAAACUGAUAAAGAAUGAAACUGACUGGGCACUAAUUCAGUACUAUGCUAACUACACACUGUAUCACAACGUGACAGAGAAUAUUCCCCCACCUGACAUUGCACCUGCUGAUAUCAUCAGGGGUCCAUGCUGGGAGACUGAAGUAGGAAUUGAGUUUAUGAAGUUAACGGUGUCAGAUAUUCAGGUGACAUAUCUGACCAUCCUGGUUGGAGACUUCAUGAGAGCUUUAAUUGUACGUUUCCUCAACUACUGCUGGUGCUGGGACCUUGAGGCUGGCUUUCCUUCAUAUGCAGAGUUUGAUAUCAGCGGAAAUGUACUCGGGCUCAUUUUCAACCAGGGAAUGAUAUGGAUGGGUGCAUUUUAUGCCCCAGGGCUGGUGGGUAUAAACAUUCUACGCCUCGUAACUUCCAUGUAUUUCCAGUGCUGGGCUGUAAUGAGCAGUAACGUCCCUCAUGAAAGAGUGUUCAAAGCUUCACGCUCCAACAACUUCUACAUGGGCAUCCUGCUGGUGGUACUCUUCCUCAGCCUCAUGCCUGUGGUCUACACCAUGAUGACUAUGUCUCCUUCAUUCGACUGUGGACCCUUCAGCGGAAGAGAAAAGAUGUACGAUGUGGUAAUCGAGACAAUCCAGAACCUUCCAGCAUUCAUGGCGAACAUCUUCACCUACGCAUCCAACCCAGGACUCAUCAUAUCUAUUGUACUUCUCAUGGUGUUAGCUAUCUACUACCUGAAUACAGUCUCAAAGGCCUACCAGAAAGCCAACAUGGAUCUGAAAAGGAAGAUACAAAUGCAAAGAGAUGAGGAGAAGAACCGGAGGAACAAUAAAGACAGCACUAAUCAGGUGAUGAAAGACUUGGAGGAUCUUAUGCCCAACAAAUCUAUGAUAUCACCACCAACACCUGCUAAAGAGGAUACAGAGAAUCCUGCCCGUCAAACAUCUGCAGGAAAAUCUCAGAAGGUCACAGAUAAAGCAGGAUCAGCCACCAAUGGCAAAGGAGUAAAAAUGCAGAAGGAUGUUUCUUUGGCUGCUGUGAAUCCUCGUGCACCAGUGACACGCUCACCAGGCCCUGGGGGAAAAGGAGGAAGAGGACCUCCACCAGUGUGAUAGGACACAGUACAUACAUUUGUAAAGCGAAAUCAGAGAUAGCCAGAGAUGUUAUGUGUACAUAAACAUUAAGACAAAUAUGGCUAAAAAGUCCCAGAGGAGUUUUAUUUAGUCAGACAUUAUGUGAGAGUGGAACAGGUGAGAUUAUCUCCUGGUCAGAGUGCACAAUAAAACUACUGAAAUUAUACAGAUGUUUAGACUUAUCCUCAGAGGGCCAGGUAUGGGGAAAGAGGAAAUUAGGAAAUGAUUAGUCAUCUGAAGGGCAAGAUACACUGAAUCAAAUCUUUUAAUUCUAUUGCUUAUAUGGAGCCCAAAAUAGCUAAAUGGUGUUCUAGUAAAUAGAUCAUUUCCAUCUGCGUUGUCAUUUACCACACUAAAGUCAUUUCGAAACUGCAAUUUUUGUGUAUACAUUAAGAUGACCAAAAAAAGGCAUUUGUUACAUUUGCAUAAGCACAUUACUGCCAUUUAAAGAAAAAAAUUAAUUUACUUAGUAUCUACAAAAAUGAUGCCACAGUGUAUAUUUUUGGCUCCUCUGAUGCCACCGGUAUUCACACAGCAGGUAUGUAAACGUUUUACAGUUAUAGUUUAUAUUUUAAUGGAAACGUGUAGGUACACCGGCCCUUUACAGAUAAUGCUGAAACUCGGCUUUGCUUACUUUUCACUGUACCGCUUAAUGUUAAAGUCAACAAAUACAUCAGUGAUGGUACGUACCUUUAUACAGUGUUGGCUUUCUGACCUUCUUGUUUGUUUGAUGUAGCUUAGAGGCAGGUUUAAUUAAAUUAUGAGCUCAUAAAUUGAUUCUUUUAAACUUGGUAGGGAAUCAGUAUUGGACUUUAUUGGUCCAGGAAGGUUUGUUAGUUUGUUAAUUUAAAAUAAUAAAUUGAGCUUCAGCAACUUAGACUAUGACAGUAGACUACGUAGUAUUCGGUUUUUUUUUCUGUUGCAAUGAUUUCACUGGGUAUUCUAGCUACCUAUUCUAAAAAGGCUUGACUAACAAAUAUGUUUUUAGCCUAGACUUAAACACUGAGUCUAUGUAUUGCCUAGGGGUAGUUUCUGUAUUUCUGAAACACCUAACUCUCUUUCUCUAAGAAGGGAGGCAGACACACUGUUACUUAUGGCAUUUAAAAUUAGUUAUUUAAUUGCCCAUUUUUUGUCAUCAUACAUACAAGAAAGAAAAUAUGUGAAGAUUAUAUUUAGUAACA